CCUUGCUGAUAUCCGACCAGGUCAAAUGUCCAGCUCGGGCCGCGGCUUGCCAGACUCCAGACAGUGGCUGUGAAAUAUGCAGCUCCAUGACCGCUCAUCAAUCGUCGCCUCAAGAAAAAACGCGCGUAUUGGAGACGCCGUCAUCAAACGUACCUAUGCUCACAUGUGAAUUGAGAAGACCUCAGCCUUCAACGACAUGAAACAUCUCUUCUGGACUAGUACUAUCCACCUCCUCACCGCGCUCACAUGUCGUGUCUAUGCCUCUAUUCUCCCAUCAAGCAGCCUGCCAUUUCCGAUCAACAGAUCUACUCCGGACGGCGAUGCGAACUACCUGGCACCAAUCUUUCCUAUACUCCCUUUCCAAAAAUACUCACGCAACCCAAUAUUAACACCCAAUCCUGACAAUGAUUGGGAAUCGGUCUAUGUGUACAAUCCGACCGCCAUUGUCCUGAAUGAGACCAUCUUCUUGCUUUACCGGGCUCAGAACGCCAGCAAAACCUCUUCCAUAGGUCUAGCCUGGUCAACCGACGGUUACAGCUUCACUCGUCUAGACCGGCCUAUACUCUACGCCACGCAACCUUGGGAAGCCGGUGGUGGUACCGAGGAUCCCAGAAUUGUUCGCGUCAAUGCCACGUUCUACCUGACAUACACGGCUUAUGACCUGAACACGCCUCGGCUUUGCAUUGCGACAAGUGAGGAUCUGUUGACUUGGACAAAGUCUCCGCCUCUCUUUUCCGGGUCUGAAGAUGUCACAAUCUCUGGCGACGCAGCCCGGAGAUCGCUCAUCAGUGACUCCAAAAGUGGUGCCCUCGUUACCGACCCAACAUCGGAUGGCCUGUACCAUAUGUACUUUGGCGACAGUGUCUUCUAUCAUGCGACGUCCACCGACCUCCUGAACUGGACAACAUCUGACGAACCCUUUGCAAAGCCCAUAUAUCCAUGGGAGAACGCGCUGAUCGAGCCUGGCCCAGCUCCGAUCAAAACCCGGGACGGGCGAUGGCUGUUGAUAUACAACGCCAUGACCGCAGGCGAAGGGAGCUACCGACGAGGACAAUACUCCGUCGGCCAGAUGCUGUUGGAUCCAUCAAGCCUAACCCCACGGUCCUCACCCCACGGCGUCGAAGAGAUCGAUCCUCCAACCUACCCAAGCAAGGCUCAAGUCAAAUAUGAAGCCCCUGGGAUUCGACGACGCCAUCACGACGAUGCACAAUUGACUUUUCUGCCCAGCGACAACAAGGCCGAACCAGUUCAUCGAGUGUCGCCGUCGUCAUCACAAGACGGUCUCCUUGCCCGGCUCGAAACCCCCUUCCUCGUUCCCAGCACUCCCGAGGAAGAGAAGGGCCAAGUCGACCUCGUCGUCUUCGCCGAAGGACUCGUGCAAUUCAAAGGGAGAUGGUUCUUGUACUACGGCCAGGCAGACCAGACGGUCGGCGUUGCCGUUGCGGAUGUUCAACCGUGAUUAGUACCAGGUAGGCAAGAAGCAAGGCGAAGGAGGUUAGCAAAGGGGAAACUUUCCGGAGCAAAAAGAAUCAGAAUGCACCGUCCGCCAUCUUUGCUCUGGUACGAACCUACCUAGGUAAUUAGUACAGAACUCUACCAGUCUUAAGUCUACUCUUAGCAGGCCUGCUCUUGCCUAUCAACGGUCC